AUGGACACACCUGAAGUGCCAGAAAACAUAAAUGAUGUACCACCCUCGCAUAGAAGCGAAUACAUAAUACAAAGGAAGAAGGAAGAGGCGGAAGCAUUGAAGCAAUGCAAAGCCAAUUGGCAAAUCGCUACUAGAAAGAGGGCAAUAAACGCCCAAGAAAACAAUAAAAAAUCGGACAAUGUAGAAAUCCCGCCAAAGAAAGGAGCGGAAGGAAAAAAUUCAAGAAAUAAGCCCAGAGCGCCUAAAGAUAAUCCUGAAGCGGUGCUCAUAAAGCCAGUAGAAGACAGAAGUUACACAGAUAUUCUUAAGUCGUUAAAGAACAACGUAAAAUUAGAGAAAACGGAAAUUGCGAUCCACUCCAUUCGCAAGACUACUGCUGGGGCAGUGUUGCUUGAAAUCGGAAAAGGUGGAAAGAAAGCGGAGUUUUGCGAAUCCAUAAAAGAAACACUGAAAGAAAUAGCGACGGUAAAAGAUCUAAGACCGCAAGCUACGAUUGAGAUCCGCGACUUGGAUUGUCUAACCGAUGAAGAAGAGGUCAUCACCGCUAUCCGUUCAGCAACCCAAAAUCCAACAGCUGAGAUGAAGGUACACGUCACUAAAGCGAAUAGUAGAGAACAAUGCCGCGCUUUCGUGAAAAUGGCAAUUACUGACGUAAAGAGCAUAUUGGAAAAAUCCCGCAUAAAAGUAGGCUGGACAAUUUGUCGCGUAAAGUUACGAGCCGACGUGAAACGAUGUUUCAAAUGUUUUGGGGUUGGCCACGUACAAGCAAAUUGCACUGGUCCAGACAGAAAAGGACAAGGAUUGUGCAUACGUUGCGGGGAGAAAGGGCGUAAGUUCAAUGAAUGCACAAAACCACCGAAAUGCUGUCUAUGCCUAAAUGAAGGGCUCAUAGCACGUUCCUGGAUCAACUAG